AGCGGGUUUAAGGAGCUGCACGGCUUCCUGCCACCCCAGGGCUGAGUGAGUCUCGCCCCAGGGCGAGAAGGGCGAGUGCCAGUCCCAGCCACGAGACACAGCUUCUUGCCGGGGUCCUAGCAGCUUCCUCUUCCACAGCUACUUCCGUGUGGCCGGGGCCCCAGAGGCAGGAGCUGCUGCCCGUUGCCCAGGCCACCCUCCACCCCCAGUUCUGAGCCCUGCCCCCCUGGGGCCAGGCCUAGCCCAGAGGCUGGCUUGGGAUCCCAUGGGGGACUAGCAGGGCAAAGGUCUUGGGGGACCGAGGUGGCUGGGCCAGGGCCCUGGGGCUCCGGCCAUGAAGUCUCGGCAGAAAGGAAAGAAGAAGGGCAGCUCCAAGGAGCGGGUGUUUGGGUGUGACUUGCAGGAGCACCUGCACCACUCAGGCCAGGAGGUGCCCCAGGUGCUAAGGAGCUGUGCAGAGUUUGUGGAGGAGUAUGGCGUGGUGGAUGGGAUCUACCGCCUCUCAGGGGUCUCUUCCAACAUCCAGAAGCUCCGGCAGGAAUUUGAGGCCGAACGGAAGCCAGACCUGCGGCGAGAUGUUUACCUUCAGGACAUUCACUGUGUCUCCUCCUUGUGCAAGGCCUACUUCAGAGAGCUGCCAGACCCCCUGCUCACGUACCGGCUCUAUGACAAGUUCGCUGAGGCUGUGGCCGUACAACUGGAACCAGAGCGCUUGGUCAAGAUCCUAGAUGUGCUUCAAGAACUUCCGGUCCCCAACUACAGGACCCUGGAGUUCCUCAUGAGGCACUUGGUGCACAUGGCCUCAUUCAGCGCCCAGACCAACAUGCACGCGCGCAACCUGGCCAUCGUGUGGGCCCCCAACCUGCUGAGGUCUAAGGAUAUAGAAGCCUCAGGCUUCAAUGGGACAGCAGCCUUCAUGGAGGUGCGUGUGCAGUCCAUCGUCGUCGAGUUCAUCCUCACGCAUGUGGACCAGCUUUUUGGGGGUGCUGCUCUCUCUGGUAGUGAAGUGGAAAGUGGAUGGCGAUCACUCCCAGGGGUCCGGGUGUCAGGCAGCCCUGAGGACGUUAUGCCACGGUCCCUGCCCUACAAUCUGCCGAGCAUCCUGCAGGCUGGUGAUGGACCCCCCCAGAUGCGGCCCUACCACACCAUCAUAGAGAUCGCAGAGCACAAGAGGAAGGGGUCUCUGAAGGUCAGGAAGUGGAAAUCUAUCUUCAAUCUGGGUCGCUCUGGCCAUGAGACCAAACGUAAACUUCCACGGGGUGCUGAGGACAGGGAGGACAAAUCUGAUAAGGGGACUCUGCGGCCAGCCAAGAGCAUGGACUCGCUGAGUGCUGUGGCUGGGGUUAGUGAUGAACCAGAGGGGUUGGUUGGAUCCAGCAGUCCUCGGCCAGGCCCACUGCUGACGGAAAGCUUGGAGAAUGAUUCCGUGGAAGCGGCAGAGGGUGAGCAGGAGCCGGACCCGGAGGCGCUGGGUGGCACGAGCUCCGAGCCCGGCACACCACGACCUGGGCGGUCAGCAGUCCGUGUUGGGGGCAGCAGCCACGCGGAGCGCCGUGCUGGUGUCCACAUCUCAGGGCCCUACGAUGUCAACGUCCCAGCACACAUCAGCAAUAUGCUCAACAUAUCUCCAAACAACAUCGCUAACAUCCCCUUGGGGUUUGCCCGUGGUCUUCAACAUCCUGCCCUACAGCCCCGGCCAAGUCCUGCCUCUGGCCCCGGUCCUGGCCCCGGCCUUGGCCCUGGACCCCCAGAUGAGAAGUUGGAGGCAAGUCCCGCCCCAGGUCCCUCGGCUGACUCGGGCCCAGUGGACGUGGCCCCUGCCCUGGAGGACUGCUUGUCCCAGGAGGUGCAGGAUUCCUUCUCCUUCCUAGAGGACUCAAGCAGCUCAGAACCUGAGUGGGUGGGGGUGGAGGACGGGGAGGUGGCCAAGGCAGGACCAGCAGGAGCAGCCUUCUCCCCUGGGGAGGAAGACCCUGGGCUGGGCUACCUGGAGGAGCUCCUGGGAGUUGGGCCUCAGGUGGAGGAGUUCUCUGUGGAGCCACCCCUGGAUGACCUGUCCCUGGAUGAGGCACAGUUUGUCCUGGCUCCCAGCUGCUGUUCCCUGGACUCUCCUGGCCCCAGGCCUGAAACAGAGGAGGAAAGCGGGGAGGAAGUCUUCCUGAGUGCCUAUGAUGACCUAAGUCCCCUUCUGGAGCCCAAACUCCCAACCUGGGAGGGGCCAGGCAGUGAAGAGGAAAAGGCAGCAGGGUCUGGAAGACAGGAGGCUUCAGGACAGGCUGAGGGAGAGCAAGCCUUGAGUGAAGAUGGAGAGAACAAGGAGGGUGGGCCUGGAAGCAGACGGGAUGCCAGGGAGGAGGCUGAGGGGAGCCCAGAGAGUGACGUGGAGGGCAGAGUGGCCAGUGAGGAAGGAGCAGAGGCUGAGGGAAGCCAGCAGCUGAUUGACAGUUUGAAAGAAGGAUGUGGGGAGGAGACACAGGCCAAGGCAGAGGAGUCCAAAGGUCAGCAGGAGGAUGAGAGAAUGGAGGAAGCUAAGCGUGUGGAAGCAACUGGAGGAGAGCUGGUUAAAGACAAUGGGAAGCAAAGAAAGACUGAGAGAGAGGGAGGUGCUGAGGAAGCAGAUGAAGCCCAGCUAGUAGCUGGAAGGGACUCAGAGCAUGAGGUCCAGGAAAACCAAAUUGCUGAAGAGAGCUGGGAAGUUGUACACAAAGAGGCUGACGGAGGCAGAGAAAAUGAGGUCAAAGGACAAAGGGGAGAUGAGGGUCAAGAGGCAAGAGAAGACCAAGGAGAUGGAGAAGAUAGCAGGAUCCCAGCAGCAGCAGCAGCUGAAGGAGGAGCAGGGGAGAUCAGCAAGGAACGGGAGUGUGGACACGGAGAAGCUGAGGGAGACCAGAGAGCUGGAGGGGAACGUGUAGAAGAGGGUUCCCUCCCCGAAGGGUCACAGGUAGAGUCCCUGGAGGUUGACAGUGCCAAAGGAGGCAGCUCCCAGUCCUCUGAGACAGAGCAGGCAGCCCCACAGCCGCCUCGGCCGGAGGAGACGGACCCUGAGGGGCAGCCCAAUCCCCCUGGCUCGGCUGGCGGCGUGGGCAUGCGCCUGGCUUCCACCCUCGUUCAUGUCCAGCAGGUCCGCUCUGUGCCCGUGGUACCGCCCAAGCCACAGUUUGCCAAGGUGCCCAGUGCGAUGUGUGGCAAGAUCCACGUGGCACCAGCACACCCAUGCCCAAAGCCUGGCCGGCUCGAUGGGGACAGGGCCUGGAGCUCCCGAGCCUCCCGCUCCUCUUGGAGGAAUGGGGGCAGUCUUUCCUUUGAUGCUGCCGUGGCCCUGGCUCGGGACCGCCAGAGGACUGAAGCUCAGGCAGUUCGGCGGACCCAGACCUGUACUGGUGCUGGGGACUACAGCCUCAUCCCCAAAACCUCCCCCCAUAGCAUGAUCCCUGCCUACGCUCCCCGGCCCCUUAGCUGCCUGGAGAUCCCAGCUGAGGGCACAGACGGGUCUGGACCCCGGAGUCGGUUUAGCCUGCCUCCCAGAGAACCCCAACCUCCUGAUCCCCUUAUGUCCCCCCAGCGCCGAUCGUAUGCAUUCGAAACACAGGCUAACUCUGGGAAAGGUGAGGGACUAUAAUUAGGACCGGAGCACUGGGAAUAAGGGACAGCAGUUGUCUCCCGGGUCUAGGACGAUUUCAUCUGCAGCCUGAGCAGCUGUAGUGCCCAGCUCUUUAGGUUUUGGCCCUGCAGCUUCUCGUUUUGACUUGGGAAGCACUGUCUUGGUCUGUUUACCUGAGCUUGUCUCAGACACAAACACUUAUCCCUUAGGAGAUUCCUGAGAAAGUCACCAAGAUCCUGUCCCCAGAGAGAGGGGUCACUGGCCAAAGGGAACAAAGAGUAGGUGGAAAACGUAUCUGUUUCUCAAAGUGAAGAAUGAAGAGGGAACUUCAGCCAAGGUCGUCUUCCUCUGAGGCAAUGAACUCUUCACAGAAGUCCAGAGUAGAGGCGGGGUCAGGACCAGGUUGGAGCCUAUUAUACACAAACACUUUUAGAGGUUAUCUGUCCUUGUUCUACUCCUGGUUCCUUGGAUACCUCCUGCUCCUAUUAGCUCCAGAUUAGGAGAAAAAUGUCCAGGAAACUCUUUGAAUACACAGUAUUUGUUGGCAGGACUAGUUCCAUUCCCAGCUCCCCAACCUUCUGCCUCCCUGGAUCUCUAGGAACUGAGGUCUUGUGUAGAUCUCUCUGGCCUC